CAAGAACACAUCAAGCAAUCAGUCACCACCUGCGCUGCGCGCAAGAACGCAUCAGUGCAGCGCUCAAGCAAUGGAGGAGUAUCAUCAGCAGCAGCAGGGUGGCCGGGCGAGCAACAAGAUCCGGGACAUCGUGCGGCUGCAGCAGCUGCUCAAGAAGUGGAAGAAGCUGGCCACGGCGUCGCCGUCGUCGUCCGGAGGCAAGAACGGAAAGGGCACCGUGCCCCGGGGCUCCUUCGCGGUGUACGUUGGCGAGGAGAUGCGGCGGUUCGUGAUCCCCACCGAGUACCUGGGCCACUGGGCGUUCGCGGAGCUGCUCCGGGAGGUCGAGGAGGAGUUCGGGUUCCGCCACGAGGGCGCGCUCCGUAUCCCCUGCGACGUCGAGGUCUUCGAGGGCAUCCUCCGGCUCGUGAAAGGCAGGAGGAAGGAGGCCGCGGCCAUGUGCGAUUGCUCCUGCUCCUCCGAGACCGAGAUCUUGUGCAGAUGACGAGAACAAGCCAUGAAUGAAGGCCUCUCGUCUGAAUGCUCUGCUCUGGUUCGCUGAAGAGCUGUGGUUCUUGUUUCUUAGUUCUUCCUCUCUCCUUUCUUGGGUUGGUUCUCUUUCUUCUUGGUUUUUGUCUGAAGAAAGGAGAAGAGGUUGCACCGAUGAGGAGAUCUGUAAUUUGUACAACAGCAGGAGUUGAAGGAUUGUUUUUUUUUCCUUGUUUGUAACAAGGAUCUAAUGCAAGGCAAACUAAU